UGUGUUUUCAAAGCCGGCUGAUCCGCUGUCACGGAUGCGUUGGUAUUGACCGCUUCUGGGGCUUCUGAAUAGCAGCGCCAUUUGUACUGCAAAAGACCGCUGCCCUUGUUGCCAGAUUUGUGCUCAGAUCUACAGAGGGAGGUUGUUCUGUGAGCACAGCGUCAUCAGAGCGGAUUUUGUUUCUGCUCGUGUGGAAUCGCGGCGCUGUGCAGGACCGGUAAUACAGGAAAGCAGCACGUUUUAUCAAGCAAGUACUGACAAUGGAGCAUUUGCCCGAUAGCAACUCUAGAUACAAAGACGUGGAUUACUGGGAUGAAAGGUACAAGCAAGAGGAGUCGUUCGAGUGGUUUGGGAAUUUCUCCACAUUCAAACCCUUACUGGAGCUGCAUGUGCGCAAAGAAGACAGGAUACUGGUGCUCGGCUGUGGGAACAGUUCGAUGAGCUCCGACAUGCACAGCUGUGGCUUCACCUCCAUCACCAACAUCGAUUACUCUGCAGUGUGCAUCGAGGCCAUGGCGGCGCGUCACAGAGGCUGCCCGGGGAUGGACUGGUGUCAGAUGGACGCCCGCUCGCUAACGUUUGCAGAGGGCAGCUUCGACGUGGUGCUGGAGAAGGGAACGCUGGACGCCAUGAUGGUGGAGGAGAAAGACCCCUGGCGCGUGUCUCCGGAGACCGGCGAGACUGUGCGGCAGGUUCUCAAGCAGGUCAGCAGGGUGCUGAAGCCAGGUGGGCGAUUCAUCUCCAUCACCUUCGCUCAGCCUCAUUUCCGCAAGCAGCAGUAUGCACGGGAGGAGUUCGGCUGGUCUGUCCGUCACCACACCUACGGCAGCGGCUUCCACUACUUCCUGUACGUCAUGACCAAGGGGGAGGCCCUGUCCCUAGAGGAGCGAGCGCUCCAGACGAGGCCGGACGAGGAAGAGGGGCUGCAGCUCCCUGCCCAAACCCUACAGAUCCCAGACACUGAGGACUUCCUCAGCAAUAUCCAGGUCUGAGGCACCGGGGCCUCUACAGAUAGAUCAGAGAUAUCAGGUGUGCAAUUCCCACUAAACAUAGACACUACAGGAGGGGAGUCCAUGUCUCACAUGAAGGACCCUGUCACCACUGACCAGGACUGGGGGAAAUCAAGCAGAAGCACUCAGUACAGUUUCCAUGUCUAUCAAAAUAAACAUUAACUGAAAAUAAAAUAGAAUAUUACAAAACAUUAUUUAAAAACAGUGUUUUUAAUGCCCACCAUAAGAAACCGAAUUCCCUGCAUUAAUGAGGGAGAUAUCAUCUGACUGGGUACAGUGUAGCCAUGUGAUUGUCUCAGAUAUGCAAUAUAUUUGUUUGAGUGAAAUGGAAAAUGAAGACUGAACUGAUUCAUUGGCUUAAAUAUAGCCGUGCUGAACUCUGGCUGUGAGGCGAAAAACCAUUAAUAAACCACAAAUCAUUUAUUUUUAAUUCUCCACUCAAAUGUAAUUACAGUCUAUUUUUAAGACAGAAAAUGGGACUUUUUUUUUACUUGCAUUUUAUAUCCAUGCGCUUUAAAACUGGUAUAACGUGUUCAUUGUUUUCAAAGAGAUGACGUGUUUAUAAUUAUGAGAAUUGCACCAUUUUAAAACAAGACUGAAAUCCAGCUUCUUUUUGGUUUUUUUUUUUUUGGUUACCUUAUUACCAUUUUGUCUUCCUGUUCAACAGGUUUUUCACACAAUAGUUUCUAAUUUGAGAAAUACAAAAUUUGAGAAGAAAGUUCACAUUGAGCUGAGACAUUUUCACACGCUCUAAGUGCUGGAAACAUCAACGGGAAUUGAGUGUUGAUGCGCUGUGUGAACGCAGAGAUGAGGUGUAUCAUACAGCACUGCAUUGUAAAUAUGUGCUGUGUGAAUGCAGAGAUGAGGUGUAUCAUACAGCAUUGCAUUGUAAAGGUGUGCUGUGUGAAUGCAGGGAUGAGGUGUCUCAUACAGCAUUGCAUUGUAAAGAUGUGCUGUGUGAAUGCAGAGAUGAGGUGUCUCAUACAGCAUUGCAUUGUAAAGAUGUGCUGUGUGAAUGCAGGGAUGAGGUGUAUCAUACAGCAUUGCAUUGUAAAGGUGUGCUGUGUGAAUGCAGAGAUGAGGUGUAUCAUACAGCAUUGCAUUUUAAAGAUGUGCUGUGUGAAUGCAGAGAUGAGGUGUCUCAUACAGCAUUGCAUUGUAAAGAUGUGCUGUGUGAAUGCAGAGAUGAGGUGUCUCAUACAGCAUUGCAUUGUAAAGAUGUGCUGUGUGAACGCAGAGAUGAGAUGUAUCAUACAGCACUGCAUUGUAAAUAUGUGCUGUGUGAAUGCAGGGAUGAGGUGUAUCAUACAGCAUUGCAUUGUAAAGGUGUGCUGUGUGAAUGCAGAGAUGAGGUGUCUCAUACAGCAUUGCAUUGUAAAGAUGUGCUGUGUGAAUGCAGGGAUGAGGUGUAUCAUACAGCAUUGCAUUGUAAAGGUGUGCUGUGUGAAUGCAGGGAUGAGGUGUAUCAUACAGCAUUGCAUUGUAAAGGUGUGCUGUGUGAAUGCAGAGAUGAGGUGUCUCAUACAGCAUUGCAUUGUAAAGAUGUGCUGUGUGAAUGCAGAGAUGAGGUGUAUCAUACAGCAUUGCAUUGUAAAGAUGUGCUGUGUGAAUGCAGAGAUGAGGUGUAUCAUACAGCAUUGCAUUGUAAAGAUGUGCUGUGUGAAUGCAGAGAUGAGGUGUAUCAUACAGCAUUGCAUUGUAAAGAUGUGCUGUGUGAAUGCAGAGAUGAGAUGUAUCAUACAGCAUUGCAUUGUAAAGAUGUGCUGUGUGAAUGCAGAGAUGAGGUGUAUCAUACAUAUAUGCAGUAUGCAGGCAAGACCUGCUUUCCUUGCUUAUGGACAAUGCAUGGGGGCCGCGGAGGUAGGGGUGGGAGAUGAUGGGAAUCC